CUGACACAAUCUGGACUCGCCUCAGAAUCAUCUGAAGGGAGUGCAGACCUCCCCCUCGGUGAAGCGACAGACAUGGAUAGGUGUCCAGAGGGAAAAUACUUCUCCAACGACCUCUGUUUGGAGUGUCCCUCUGGUCAUUUUUGUCCUGGCAAUGUAUCUGCACCUCAAAGAUGUCCAGCAGGAACGUUCAACCUCUACACGGGGAAAAGCCGUAUCAGUGACUGUAAGCCUUGUUUUCCAGGUCUGAUCAGUUCCGAGUACCGAGUGGACUGUAGGCUGUGUCCUGCAGGUUUCUCAUGUGAUCCAGUCAAUGGGACACUCUCUUUAUGCCCCCCGGGACAACAUUCUCCUGAAGGGGUCCUACAGUGUCUGACGUGCCCUGUAGAUUCAGUCUGCACCUCUGGAUUUCCAAUUAGGUGUUGGCCUGGCAAGGAACCAAAUGUAGAUCACACUGUGUGCAAUGACUGUCCCCCGGGCCUUUAUUCCACUAUAUGCACUAUCCAGUGCAUUCAGUGUCCAGCAGGAAGUUACUGUCCAGAUAGUGGGAUGACACAGCCGCUCCCCUGUCCUCCUACUUGGUCUUCCACACACGGGCAGACUGAAUGCCGUAGCUGUAAUGAUACGUCUUUGCUGUGUGGGGGAGCUGUGGCCCCCCGCUGGAACCAGCUAGUCCACAGGUCCAGUCAAACGAUCAGCUGUCGACCAGGAACAUACAAAGAUCAGAGGGAAGAGUUAGCAUGUGUGAUCUGUCCAGUAGGACAUUAUUGUGUGGGAGGUGUAGCUGUACCCUGUCCUGCUGGGACUUAUGGCCCUAAUGAAGGUCUGCAGAGGCUGAGAGACUGCACAAUCUGUCCUGCAGGGUUUUACUGUCUGGAAGGCAGUUCACGGAGACCCACCUCCCAGUUCCUGUGCACACAGGGAUAUUACUGUGAGGAGGGCACCCUCACCCCUAAUGGGUCACCUUGCCCUGCUGGUACAGCGGGAGAACAAAUGGGUCAGACAAGUAGGGCAGGCUGCAAGAGAUGUAGAGAAGGACGCUUCUGUCCUGCAGGCUCGUCAGGUCCUGGCUUGCCCUGUGCUCGGGGGAGAUACUGUCCUGCUGGCACCUUGGAAGAAGUGAUUUGUCCUCGAGGCACCUUCACCCCUCAUCAAGGAGCCAUAAGUGUGAAGGACUGUCUCAAAUGCCCGGCGGGUUUCUACUGUCCUGAGGGGAGAAGCGACCCUGUGCCCUGUCCACCAGGCUCCUUUAACCCCUUAGAGGGUCAGGAUGAGUUGGAUGAUUGCAGGGAGUGCUACGCAGGGAAGGCCUGCACACAGGUAGCCCUGAAAGCCCCAGAUGUGGACUGCAUGCAAGGGUUUGUGUGUCCCCCUGGGUCUUCUCAACCCAACGCACCAACCAAUGCCUGCCCACCAGGGACACUGAGCGAUCGCACUGACCUCACUGACCGCUCACAGUGUCAGCAGUGCCUAGCUCGAUAUGCCUGUCUUAGAGGAACUGGUGGUAUCCAGAGACCACCACUCUUCUGCUUUUCAGGGCAUUAUUGUCCACCUGGAACUAUGUUCCCCACCCAGCACAAGUGUCCUGUGGGGACAUGGAGCGGUCAGAGUGGACUGGAAGCUGAAAGUGAGUGCCGGCCAUGCCCACAGGGCUGGUACUGUUUGGCUGGAUCUGCAGCUCCGUCAGGGCGAUGCAGCUCUGGACACUACUGUCCUGAAGGGACUGCAUAUGGCACCCAGUUUCCUUGCCCUGCGGGGACCUACAGUAUCCACAUUGGAAACAGAUACAGAGAAGAUUGCCUGAUAUGUCCUGAAGGCUCAUUCUGUCAAAAGGGCACCUCCAAACCUUCACCCUGCCCCAUAUCCACAUUUCGCCAUCUGAAAGGGGGUCGGAGGCAGGACGACUGCUCUGCUUGCCAUGCUGGAUAUUUUUGUCCCCACUCAGCCACUGUCAACCCCAGAGUGUGUGGAGCUGGAAGCUACUCUGAUGAGGGCUCUGUGGAGUGUUCUCCGUGCCUGCAGGGCCACUACUGCAGUGAUGAGACGACUAGUGAAGAAGCCAUGUUAAGCGUCAUGGUGUGCCCCCCAGGCUUUCUCUGCUCUCAGGGUUUAGCCCGAGACCCCCAGCGCUCAGCCACACUUUGUCCUCGAGGCUUCUUCUGCCCAGGAGGAGGCAUUGAUCCCAACCCCAUUCCUUGCACCAAUGGUACCUAUGGUGAGUCUCCUGGUCUGCGGGAUGCUAGCGAAUGUGCUCAGUGUCCGGAGGGGGAAUACUGUUAUUCCCAGGAGCCUCAGGAGCAACCUAUAACCCGGCCUACAGGCAUUUGUCCUGAUGGGCACUAUUGCCCCAGAGGGACUGGUUACCCCCUCACUUACCCCUGUCAGGCUGGACAAUAUAGGAACAACACUCUUGGUCACAGUGGAGAGGCAUGUGUUUUAUGUCCAUCCAGGCAUUAUUGCGACAGACCGGGAACUCACAUGCCUGCAGUCUGCCCUCAGGGCUUUUACUGUCCGGAGGGCACUUCUGCUGCCGAACCUUGUCCUGAAGGAACCUACAGCUCGCGUUCAGCUCUCAGUAAUGGGUCUGAGUGCUCCUCUUGUGCUGGAGGACAGUAUUGCACCAGUGUGGGACUCUCAGAGCCCUCGGGAAGCUGCAAAGAGCGCUUCUACUGUAGAGAAGGAGCCAAGUCUGCAACUCCUGCAGAUGGGCCGACAGGAGGUUUGUGUCCAGUAGGAAGUUACUGUCCUCCGGCUUCGUCCUCUCCACUGCCCUGUCCAUCUGGCACCUUCAGCAACAGCACUGGCCUCAGCAGACCUGAGGAGUGUGUCAGCUGUCCGCCAGGUUUCUAUUGUUUAGGUUCAAACAACACCUCCCCUUCAGGUCCUUGUUUUCCUGGUUUCUACUGUACUGGUGGCUCAGCUUCCCCUGUUCAGAGUGAAGCAGAGGAAGGGUAUUAUACCUUGGAGAGGGCAGCGAGGCAACAGCCAUGUCCUCUUGGCACUCAUCAGCCGCGUCGAGGUGCACAGUCAUGUGUGGAGUGUCAGGGAGGCAGACUGUGUAACCAGACAGCCUUGUCACGCCCACCAAUGUGUCCCAAAGGACACUUCUGUCCUCCGGGGUAUUCUGCUGCUCGACCCUGUCCUCCAGGCUCUUACUCUGACCAGCCUGGUGGGGAUGCUGUUCACCACUGUCGGCCAUGCGAGGCCGGCUGGUUCUGCAGCCAAGCCGGACUCUCUGAGCCUCAGGGUCUCUGUGACCCGGGACACUACUGCACCUCUGGAGCCUCCACUGCCUCUCCUGUGGCUUUGUUGUCUGGAGGAGUUUGUUCUGCAGGCUACAUCUGUCCACGAGGGACCUCUUACUCGCAGCAGCACCCCUGCCCUGCAGGGACCUGGAGCAGUACUGUGGGUGCCCAAAACAUGUCCUCCUGCUGGCCCUGCCCUUCAGGACUCUACUGCAACAAUACAGGACUCAGCAAGCCUUCAGGACUUUGUGAUAAAGGGUAUUAUUGUUCAGGAGGGGCUGUGUCUUCAAUGCCCUCCGACAGUUUGACAGGGGACAUUUGCCCAAUUGGACACUACUGUCCCAUGGGCUCAACUUCCCCUCUCCUCUGUCCUGAUGGGACGUACUUCAACAGUACAGGUGCAGAAGAGUGUGAUGACUGCCUCUCAGGGACUUACUGUCUCUCAGGGGAAGGCGUCCAGCCCUGUCCAGCAGGACACUAUUGUUUUGGUGGCAGUGUUGAGGGCAUCCUGCCCUGCCCUCCUGGCACAUACAGCCCUCAGUUUGGCCUCAGCCAAGUGGAGCAGUGCCUCAUCUGUCCAGCAGGGUUUUACUGUGAGGACUGGGGUCUGUUUGAACCUACUGGACCCUGUCAAGCUGGUUACUACUGCAUAGCAGGUGUGAACUUUCAGAACCCAGAUGGUAACUUCAGCACAGGAGUGGGAGGAACCUGUCCAAAGGGGAAGUACUGUCCUGAGGGCACCAGACUCCCCCUGCCCUGCCCACCAGGUACCUACUCUAACAGUCUUCAUCUGACAGACGUCUCUGGCUGUAAUCCAUGUCCAGCGGGUGUUUUCUGUGGCACUGCAGGUCUCACUCGUCCAUCUGGACUGUGUCAGGCAGGAUUUUACUGUCCAGGGGGAGACACAAAAGCUACAGGCUCAGAAGGAGGUCUUUGCCCACAAGCUCAUUACUGCCCUGAGGGUAGUGCGAGCUCGGUGCCAUGCCCAGCUGGAGCCUACUCCAUCCUCACAGGCCAAUCAGUGUGUUCCCACUGCCCUGCUGGCUACUACUGUCCAGAGAAGACUGGAAACUUCUCCAAGUCCCCCUGUCCCCCUGGUUUCUACUGCCCCGACGGUACAAGGCAUGCCACCCAGUUUCCCUGUCCUCGUGGAUACUACAACCCGGAGCCAAUGACUCAGAGUCUGGACAGCUGCCUGCCUUGUCCUCCAGGACACUACUGUGAGAAGGAGAGGCUGACCAAAGUGUCUGGAAAAUGCAAAGCCGGUUGGUUUUGUGUGUCAGCUGCAUGGAACUCCCAGCCUUUUGACCUCGACAACUACACAAAUGCCAACUGUCUUUGUCCAGCUACAUCUACAGGGGGGCGCUGCCAGGCGGGCUUUUACUGCCCCUUAGGUAGCUCAGAGCCUGUGCCUUGUCCACCUGGAACAUUCUGUAACAUCUCAGGUUUGGCUCUGCCGAUGGGACCCUGCUUCCCUGGGUAUUUCUGUGUUGGAGGAGCAACUGAAGCCAAACCAACAGAUGGAAGAACAGGCAGCAUCUGUCCACCUGGGGCAUACUGUGUUGAGGGCUCUGGAGAGCCAGAGUUGUGUCCAGCGGGUACUUUCUCCCCAGUGCCAGGUCUAACCAGGGAGGCGAGCUGUCAGCCGUGUACUGCAGGUGUCUACUGCAGAGUAGCAGGUCUCAGGGCUCCAACUGGACCCUGCAGCCAAGGCUAUUGGUGCCCGCCUGGUCAGACAGUGGCUACAGCUCUGCCGUGUCCUCCAGGUCACUUCUGUGUGCAGGGAAGUGCCACUCCAGAGCCUUGCCCGUCAGGAACCUACCAGGACAGAGAGAAACAGGCAGCCUGCACCGUUUGUGGCGCAGGGUACUACUGCGAUUUGAGACUAGCCAAUGCCUCUUUUUUGCGGCCUUGCCCCAAAGGACACUAUUGCCCUGCAGGUACAAGCAUGCCCGACCAACACCCCUGCCCCAGUGGCUCCUUCAACCCGAGAGUGCACACUGCCAGCCUCACAGCCUGCAUGCCCUGCGCUGCGGGACACUUCUGUCCUUCUGUGGGCCUGUCAGAGCCGGCAGGACCAUGCAAUGCUGGUUAUUGGUGCAGAAAGGGGGCUUCCUCUCCAAGCCCACUUGAUGGACGCUCAGGUUCCCUGUGUCCACCUGGUCAAUACUGCCCCUCAGGCACAACAGCUCCUAUGGCCUGCCCUGAAGGCAGCUGGUCAAACAGCUCAGGACUGCGUAUCCAGGAAGACUGCAAACUGUGUCUGGGGGGGUUUUACUGCGACUCUGCUGGUCUCACUAAACCUAGUGGGCCUUGCAGUGGGGGAUAUUACUGUGUUGAGGGAGCCGUCACACCCACCCCUACUGAUGGAAUGACAGGGGGACCAUGUCCUGAGGGUUCCUACUGUCCAGAGGGCACUGUUCAACCUCUGCCUUGUAAACCAGGGACAUAUGUUGCUGUUACACAUGCUACUGAGUGUGAGCCAUGUGUGGCAGGCUGGUACUGUGUGUCUGGCUCUCUGUACUUGUGUCCUCCAGGCUUUUACUGCCCUGAAAGAACUGGAUUUGACUUAAGAGGCUGUCCAGAAGGAACUUAUGGCCCUGACCCCGGCUACUGGUCCGUUUCUCAGUGCAGGCAGUGUGACGGCGGCCAUUACUGCUCUUCCAGAAAUGGCACAGCUGUCACUGGACAAUGUCAAGAAGGAUAUUACUGCUCACAUGGAAACACCUCUCCACAACCCCUGUCACGGGCUGCAGAAGAGGGAGGGCCAUGUCCUGCUGGUCAUUACUGCCCCCAAGCCGCCAUAAAUCCUCUGCCCUGUCCACGUGGAACAUUCUCUGAUCUCACCAAAUUAGCCUCCCAGGAGGAUUGCCAGCCAUGUCUCCCUGGUUACUAUUGCGAUGCUGCAGGGCUUUCGGUCCCUUCAGGGGAAUGCUGGGAAGGUUUCUUCUGUCUGGGGGGUGCAGAUCGCCCUGACCCUCCUCUGAUAGACAGCCGGGGAGGACCGUGCCCAAAAGGAUAUUACUGCUCUGAGGGCUCUGUGGCUCCUCAGCAGUGCCCUCUGGGAACCAUCAGUACGGAGGACAGCAGAGCCGGCUGCGGUGCCUGUCCCCAGGGUUUUUACUGUCCUGGCAAUAAUGGCUCUCUGUCGAGGACUUAUGAGUGUCCAGUGGGUCAUUACUGCCCGUCCGGGACCUGGUCCAAACACCAGUACCCAUGUCCAGCUGGCUCCAUUAACCCCCACACUCGGAUGGCACAACCCCAGGACUGCUUGCCCUGCCCUCCAGGCUCCUUCUGUUUGUCUCCUGGGAAGAGUGUUGCAACAGGCCAAUGCGAAGCAGGGUACUACUGCCUCUCUGGGGCCUGGUCACCCACACCAGAGGAUGGAGAAACGACAGGGGACAGAUGUCCUGAAGGUCAUUACUGUCCCCAGGGCUCCUCAGCACCAGUGCCCUGUCCUAUAGGACGCUACAGCAACACAACCAGAAACCGUUAUCUCUCCGACUGUCUGACUUGUCCUCCAGGUUUCCUGUGUGUCACCAGAGGGCUCUCUUUCCCUUCUCAUAUCUGUCCAGCGGGCUAUUACUGCCCAGGCAAAGUUAACAGCAGCCAGCAGGCCGCUAUACCCUGCUCACCUGGAAAUAUGUGCCCACCUGGAUCUGGUAGACAGGUGCCUUGCUUACCAGGAACCUACCAGGAUUUACCCGGUCAGGCAGAGUGUUUUCAAUGUCCGGCAGGAUUUUACUGUGUUGGAUCAGUGGAUAGUGGCACAGUGCAUGUUUCUGGCACUCACUCUCCCACGCUGUGCCAGAAAGGACACUAUUGCCCACCAGGAACACAGUCUGGUGUAGCAUUCCCAUGCCCAGCUGGUGCCUUCAGCAGGCAGAUGGGUUUGUCCAAUAAGUCGGGCUGUGCGCUCUGCCCUCCAGGGAGAUAUUGUAGUUCCUCUGGACUGGCUGCUCCCACUGGGGUCUGCUCUCCUGGUUACCUCUGUAUCCAUGGUUCUGUUUCUGCCCAGCCGGAGGAGGGCCCAACAGGAGGCCGCUGCUCUCCAGGGUCCUAUUGCCCCCAGGGUACCAGCUUGAUGGUUCCCUGCCCUGCAAGCACCUUCAGCUCCGUAGACGGGGCAGUUUCUGUAGAAGUGUGUCAGCCCUGUUUGCCUGGCCAUUACUGCGCUGAGGUUGGCCUUUCCUCCCCACCUGGGCUGUGCAACCCAGGCUUCUACUGCAGGGAGGGAUCCAGAACAGCCACACCUUGGGGUAACUAUACAGUUACAGGAGAAACCACACCAACAUCCCCACAUUCUGGCAAUUCAACCAUGGGUCAGUUCCAUGGUGGUGUGUGUCCUGCAGGCCACUACUGUCCUAAAGGGAGUGCAAAGCCAAGCCCCUGUCCUCCAGGCACUUUCUUGGGAAUGUCUGCGGCUGAGUCGGAGGCUGACUGUGCAGCUUGUUACCCGGGGUCUUACUGCCCCUCAUGGGCUCAGACAUCUGCCGACCUCCUCUGUCCCCCGGGGGGGUUCUGCCCGCCAGGAUCAGUGUCUGGACAUCAGCCAGGCCAUCGCUGCCCACCUGGCCAUGCGUGUCCACUCGGUAGUGCUGAGCCGGACAUAUGUAGCCCUGGCACAUUUCAAUCUGUUUCUGGACAACACACUUGUAACAGCUGCCCACCAGGAUUCUACUGUAUGGAGGGUUCAGUUGUGCCAUCUCCAUGUCCGAUGGGCAGUGUGAGUGCAUCAGCUGGCAGGACGUCCCUGGCUGACUGCCCCCCCUGCCCCUCUGGCUCCUUCUGUAACAGCAGUGGCCUGACAGAGCCGUCUGGACCCUGCAGCCCAGGACAUGUUUGUUCCCUGGGGUCCACUGAGCCUUCCCCUGUCUCGCAGCCUUACGGAGAUGUUUGUCCCAUGGGGCACAUCUGUCCACAAGGUAGCGGGUUGCCAAUACCCUGUCCCGCGGGCAGCUUCCUCCCAGAGCCUGGAGCUUCCUCCCCCACUCAAUGCCGCCGUUGCCCCCCAGGGAAAUACUGCGUCAGUGUUGGAAGCUCACAGCCCACAGGUCUGUGCUUUGCAGGUUUUUUCUGCUCUGGAGAUACAGAGAGCCCCACACCUCGAGCAAACUCCGCUUCAUUGAGCUGUCUUUGUGAAAUACUGGAGGAUUAUACACCGAAGACAGACGCCGCCCUCUGGAUUCACAAUCUGUCUUGCUUCAAUAACUCCCGGAACUCUGGAAGCAAAGCUGGCUGGAUUGAAGUGGUAACGCCACCUCGGGCAGAUUCAGACAGCAUUCUGAGUGACUCACCGCCAUGUCUCAAGAGUCCACGUUAUACCUGCUCCACCUACAGAGGAGACAUAUGCCCUAAGGGCUUCUAUUGUCCUUUGGGCUCUGCAUUCCCCCUACCCUGUGAGGCUGGCUCUUACUGUAACAAGACUGGUCUGGAUGUCCCGACAGGACCCUGUGCGGCAGGAUAUUACUGUCCCAAAGGCUCUUUAAACCCCCAUGCCUCCCUUUGUCCCCCGGGACACUACUGCCCCCCUGGAACUCUUCUUCCUCUGCCUUGUCCUGUUGGAACCAUACAAAGCUCCUUGGGUGGCCCUACAGUGGAGGCUUGCCAGCAGUGUCCUCAAGGUCACUACUGCCACCAGAGAGGAAAAACUGAGCCAAGUGGCUGGUGUGCAGAAGGCUACUACUGUCCUGAGGGGCAGAGCGCUGAGAGACCACAACAAAAUGUCUGCUCAGUGGGACAUUAUUGUGAGAAGGGCAGUGUCAAACCGACUGCUUGCCUUCCAGGCAGCUACCAGCUGAGACAAGGCCAGGGCUCGUGCGAGACAUGUCCUGCUGGUUCCCAUUGUCCAGAUCAAGGAAUGACCAUUCCAAUGCCAUGUGAGAGAGGAUUUUAUUGUCCCAGUGGAUCAGCCAAUCAACAUCCCUGUCCCGCAGGAACCUAUGGAAACAAGUCAGGAAUGGUUGAGGAAUGGCAGUGCCUACUUUGUGACGCUGGGGUGUACUGCAAAGGAACAGGGAGGACUUUCCCCAGUGGGCCGUGCACUGCAGGGUUUGUUUGUGUUGGUGGAGCUUCUGAACCUUCACCACUAGACAAUCUAACUGGAUUUCCAUGCCCUCCUGGCUUCUUCUGCUCUGUGAGGACUUCAGUACCAAAACCAUGCCCCAAAGGAACAUUCAGUAAGCAGAGCGGGCUUGUGGAUGAGUCUCAGUGUCGUAGCUGCAGUCCUGGCUUCUACUGUUCAGAGACAGGCCUCUCUGCAGUCUCUGGAGCCUGCCUGCCAGGUUUCUACUGUCUCGAGGGGUCCCAUACUGCCACUCCAAUGUCAAGUGUAUCUGGUGGUGUUUGUCCAGCAGGCCACUAUUGUGCCGAGGGCAGCAUUGUGCCCUCACCCUGCCCAGCUGGCUCUUACCAAAAUGAGACCAGAGGAAAAGGCAAAGAUUACUGCAAAACAUGCCCGCUUGGCUCGUUCCAGGAUUUAGCCGGCCAGAAAGAGUGUAAUCCCUGUCCUCCUGGGUUCCACUGCCAGUCCCCGAGUCCCAGCGCCACAAGGGGGAGCUCCACUGGGGUCUCCAACCCUCUGCCCUGCCCAGCCGGCUACAUCUGCCCCAGGGAGAGUCAGCCUGUCCCCUGCCCAAAAGGCACCUACAGCCCCAGCCAUGGUCUCACUUCCACAGGCGAAUGCCUAGUGUGUCCAGCGGGUCAGUUUUGUGGAUCAGAAGGUUUGAUUCAACCUUCAGGAUCGUGUGCUUCUGGGUUCCUCUGCCUGAUGGGGGCCACCGUGCCCAACCCGACUGACAAUACAACUGGAUCUCUCUGUCCACCCGGGACUUUCUGCCAACAGGGGCUGAGAGCAGGUGAUUGCUGGCCAGGGUUUUAUUGUGACCGGGGCUCUAGCAGAGCAGAUAACGCUUUCUGCCCGGCUGGUUUCUUCUGCCCCAGUCGAACACCAGUCCCUAUGCCUUGUCCUGCAGGGACCUUCAGCUCUGCAAUUGGCAACACACAUCAAAACAACUGCACCUCCUGUUCCCCUGGGUAUUACUGUCAAGAUGCAGGUUCUGUACAGCCUGCUCUGUGUCCAGUCGGAUAUUACUGUCCUCCCGGCCUGACUCUAGGACUGGAGUUCCCGUGCCCACCUGGGACUGUGCAGAGCCAGAUCGGAGCCUCCAGCCCGGAUGCCUGCCUGCCCUGCCCCGCUGGAAUGUUCUGCUCUCAACCUGGACUGUCGCAGCCAACAGGACUCUGUGAGGGAGGGUACUUCUGUCCCGGGGAAUCAACCAGCCCUAACUCCACUGAGUAUCAGGGGAACUCUACCAGAACCUACAUCUGUCCUUCUGGCCACUACUGCCCCUCUGGAACUGGCUUUCCGCUCCCCUGCCCCAUAGGCUCACUUUCCAUCUUCAGAGGACUGAAGGCAGUUGAUGGAUGCCCACCCUGCCCCCCUGGACUGUUUUGUGACAGGCCUGCAAUAGCAGAGCUCUCAAAUGCCCGUCCAUGCAGUGCUGGGUAUGUUUGCCUUGGUGGCAGCUCCAGCCCCAUGCCAUCUGACAGUUCCCAUGGCUACCUCUGCCCCGCUGGCCAUAGCUGUCCUGUUGGCUCUGCAGUCGAGGUGCCCUGUGAGCCCGGCACUUACAGUCCUGCCCCUGGAGCUGCCUACUGUAUAAUAUGCCCCGAAGGGACCAUGUGUUCUUCCUCAGCCACUCAAGAGACCUCAAUCUGCCCAGCUGGUCAUUUUUGUCCUGCGGGGACAGCCCUGCCACAGCGCUGCCCUUUAGGGACUUUCAGCAACCAGACAGGUGCAUUUUCUCUCUCUGUCUGCACACCAUGUCCCUCUGGACUGUACUGUGGCUCAUAUGGAGCCUCAACACCACAAGGUUCUUGUUUGCUGGGUUAUUUUUGCCAAGGUGGAGCCAUUGAGCCAACCCCACAGAGCUCUGACAAGUUCCCCAUGAAUGGCCCUUGCCCCCUGGGCCACUACUGUCCAUCAGGGUGCCUCUCCCCAGUUCCAUGCCCUCUUGGCAGUAUUCGCAACACCAUCGGAGGGGUUUCCAUGGAGAGCUGCUCUGCCUGUCCUGUUGGUCACUACUGCUCCACGGAGGGUCUGGCCAACCCCAGUGGCCCCUGUGCUGCUGGUUUCUUCUGCCCUUUUGACUUCUCCUCAACCACUCCAUAUGCCUUCCUCUGUCCUAAGGGCCACUAUUGUCCAGAGGGCUCUGCCCUGGCCUUGCCUUGUCCCACAGGAGAGUACCAGCCAAACCCGGGAUCAGAUAGCUGCAUCCCAUGCAGACCUGGGUUCUACUGUGAGGAGGCCAUAGUGGGAGAGCCAUGGCCCUGCCCACCACACUCGUUCUGCCCUGCAGGAACAAUGGUGCCUCAACCGUGUCCUAAUGGCACUUAUACUCAUUCAAACCAGGGAGGGCUACAAGAAGAGAGAGAGUGUUUACCCUGCCCUUCAGGGAGGUUCUGCAGGGCUGGGAGGAUCCAGGGUGUGUGUGCCGCUGGCUAUCUUUGUGUUUCUGGGAGUGCAGAUUUCACCCCUCAGGGACCCGUGUCUAAUAUGACCCAGUGCCAGUCGGGCAUGCAGUGUGCUGGUCCAUGUCCGGCAGGUUUCUUCUGUCGUGGAGGCACAGAGGAGGCUGAGUUGUGUCCUGCAAACACUUUCAGGAGCUCCCCAGGAGGUGCCAGCCUACAGGACUGCUUACCCUGCCCUCCUCAGUAUUGGUGUCAACCUGGAGACCCAGUCCUUCAUCCGUGUCCUGCUGGUCUUUACUGUGAUGGUCUGCCUGGCAGUGACUUCAAUGGAGGGACGGGGCCCAGGCUGUGUCCUCUGUACACAUAUCGAGCCCACCCCGGGGCAGGCAGCAAGGGGGACUGCCUGGCCUGCCCGCCUGGUUCACACUGUAACAGCACAGGUCUGACACACUUGGAUCCGGACCCUCCAUCCUCUGCCCCGCGGGCACUAAGAGGGCCCUUCCUGGAGCCGCUGCACCCAGCCAGUGUGAACUGUGUGCGGGGGGGAACCUUCUGCCCAGACCCUCGGGCUACAGGGAAGCCCAAUGUGGAGGGGAUUCCCUGCAGAGCCGCUUAUCAAUGUCCCAUGGCCAACAGCUCUUCCAUGAAAUCCUGCGAUGGCGGUUUCAUGCCUGUCAACACCAGCGGCCUCAGAGGAUCCAAAAACAGCUGCUGCACUGUGUGUGACGAGGGCACCUAUCGUACAGACAACUACAAGAGUAACCUUUGCCCUCUUGGGUAUGUCUGUCCCACCGGAUCCACACAACCAAUACCCUGCCCUGCUGGCUCCUUUGGCAACCUCCCUCUUGCUAAAAGAAUGGGUAACUGUCAGCCAUGUCCUGCUGGCACCUUCAACCACCUGCCUGCUCAGAAGGCCUGCUUUCCCUGUGGCAGCUCCUCCACCUCACCAGCAGGUUCUUCUUCUUGUACCUGUAUUGGUAAGAAUCGAGCAUUCCAGCACUCUGAUGGUUCAUGUUUGUGCAGAACUGGUUUUAUCUUCUACAAUGAACUGGAUUUCAAAAGCUCUACGUCUGACAGUGAGUUGGACUGCCAGCCUGAGGCAAACAAGCGUUGUGCCACAGCUGCCAGUGUGAGCGAUAUGUGUCUGCUGAAGAGCUUUGCAACACUUCCUGCCUUUCCAGACUACCUCAGCUCUCUGCCCAGUUCUCUCCAGAUGGACACCUGCUGCUCAGCCUCAAAGAAAGAGACAAAAUGGUCUGGGCUAGGGUAA